CAUACAGCUAUGCUUUACCAACAUAGAGCACAGAGGUCAUGCUGAUGCAGGAGCAAGGCACCAAGACGUACGUUGAUGCUGUCCUCAAGACUCACCACCGAGUCAUUCAGCUGAGCACUCUGAACGCCGCGCUGUGUCCCGUCUUCAUGGACGUCCUCUUAAAGAAUCAACCAGAGGGAGUUCAGCUCUCUGUGACGGAGCACACCGAAGCUGAUUUCCAAGCACGGUUCAAGGCGCGUCCAGAGCUGGAGGGGCUCAUCGCUCAGAUGAAUUAAUAACUUUCACCAAGUAUCAGCACUACAGUACUUGUACGACAACUAAUUUAUAGCCCAUAGCUCAUUCCUCAAUAACAUCCUGUAAAAACUGAUUUUCUGCUUUUAGAAAAACAAAAGUGUAGACAUUUCUAUUUGUCUUUUUUGGGGGGGAAAUAAAACCAUACUCACUUUUUUCCAGCUCAAAACUUUUUUUUAUUAUUUAUUAUUUAUUCUUUAAAUUAUUCUGCUUCAUUGAAAAGUUUGAACACCAAACAUAGGCAUGAUAUCAUUUUUCACUUCUAAUUAAAACAACCUAUAGUUAUAAUAAAAUGUGAGUUAUAAUAAUCAAGUGUGUUUAUUUAAAUAUUUUCUCAUCUUCUGAGUAAAGAUUAACUUCCAUAUUCCAUCUUGUAGAAAACAUAAAACACAUAAAAUUACAAAGACAAAAAAGGUAAAAAUAUUAUUUAAAAAAAGACAUUUAAAAUCUUGAAAAAGAGAAAAAAAUAUUUGGUUGUAAAAUCAAAAUUCUGCAAGGUUCAUAAUUUGAUAUAACUUAAACAACAGAUUUAACCCUUCAUUUUUAUGUCACUAACUAGAUAAAAUUAGGUUUAAUCAUUUGAUUUCAGUAUUCACAUUCUUUCACAUCAUAUUCUUGCACAGAAGGUAUGGAGAACGCCGCACGUUAAUCAAAUGUACAGAUCGGCUCCAUUUUAUAAGCAGUCAUUGCAGUCAUGUUCUUUCACUGAGAUCCCUCAAGCUCAUACAUGAGAAACCUCAGAGACUUCAUCUCUCUCAGGAUUUCAUAGAGGACGUCUCUGCCUCUGUUGUGUCAGCGUCAUAGACUAAACAAUCUCUCUCAUUUGGUCUCAUGUUGCAUUUAAACUUCUCACAGCACCAUGUUUGUCCUCAGAGAUCACAUCCUUUUCCUGAAGCUCGUCUACAACAGCUGCUGCCUCACUCGCUCUGCCAAUCAGAGCUGUCCAAUGGAGAACCACCAAAUCCUGAGCGGAGGAAGUUGGUGAAAAUUU